ACUGUUGUAUCUACUACUACAUUCAAGCUUACAACUGGACACACAGACGGGUCUCUACCGCUAUCAAACGUAGAUCGUCCUCGUUUGAACGACCGCCAAAGCCACGAUUUCUCCCUAACCCAUCGCAACCAUCUCCACUAUGUUGAGGAGAAAGAUGCCGACAAAAGGGACGCCCGCUCAGGACUUCGGAUACUCUCUUCCAGCUUUCUUGCACGUCCUGCCCAUCAGCAAAGCAUGGAAGAUGAGCGGCCGCCAGCUACUGACCUCCAUUCUCAGCACAACAUCGAUCCUGUCCUUCGUAUCGCCUACGUUAGGUCUCUACUUCUCAUCAACCAUCUACACCCUGUGGAACACAUAUCUCAUCACUGGCUACGGGAUUCUCCACCCUCAAAAAGCCAUGGCACUGCAUAUGGUCCUCUUCAUGAAGAUCAUCUUGUCGAUCCUACAGCAUCUAUCAGUCUCCUCCUUCUUGGGCCCAGCUUGGUGCCUCAUCAUUCCUAGCUUGAUGACCUAUAAUCUCGGGAACGGCGUAAUCGUAGGCCACAUGAUGUUACAGCUGGGUCGAUCGGGGGUUUCGCAAGUGAUCUUUCCACCGCUCGUAUCAUUUGAGAAGAUCAAUGAUUUCGGCGGUCUGGAUAAGUUGGCUCGGCAUAUCGUUCCGGGACUGCACGAAUCAGUGCAAGUUAUCGCUUCCAGGUGUGGCAUGCGGAUCCGAAUAGAGCAAAUCUGGCUCUCUUCGACCGCGAUCCUCGUCAUCUUACAUCAAGCGGGCUACAACGGGCUCGGAAUAGCGCUGGAAUUCAUGAACACCUUCAAAGUUUGGUACAGCCUCCGAAUCAUCCUCUGGCCGACCACCAGCCCAGACUAUAGAAAGAUAUGCGAGAACGUCUUCAGCUUCUGGAUCCUGGCGGAGAUGAUCGAUAUGACAGGCGAUAUUCCGCUUGUUGGGCCGUUUGUGUUAAGCCACGAAAGGGUCAUGGCUGUUAUUUCGACGCUAGCGAUCAUCAUUGGGUUGACCGGGUAUGGCUCUAGGGACGGGUACUCUCGUUUGAUCAUCAAGCUGCUGUUGGACAUUUAA